AUGUUCUCUCAAGACCAUAUCACCAAAUAUCCCUCCCUCGCCAAAUACGCCAACGAGGACUACACUGAAUCCCACGAUGGCCGCGAAGCCGCCCUCCUAAAAUAUAUAUACAACCACCCCUCUCUCCCUCAAUUCCGCAACUCACCACCCGCAAUCCUAGCCGUCAUAGACGAGUUCGCCGCGCAAGAGGAUUUCCUCAUAAAUAUCGGCAGUGAUAAAGCAGCCAAGGUUUGUGAUAUCAUUGCUCAAGAACAGCCAUCUGUCUUCGUUGAGUUAGGCGGUCUAGAAUUCGAUCCGGUCAUUGCGGAUAUUGCGAGGAAUUUGAUUGAUCUAGCUGGAUUGAGUGAUAUUGUCACUGUCGUUGUGGGGUCGGCAGCGAAUUCGUUGCGAAAGCUUCAUUCUGAGGGUACUCUUGAUUAUAUGGACUUGUUGUUUUUGGAUCAUGUGGAAGAUCUCUAUCUGUCUGAUUUCCAGGUCUGUGAGAGCUUGGGUCUUCUUCGAUCUGGUGCUUUGGUUGUGGCGGAUAAUGUUCUUCGGCCUGGUGCGCCGCAGUAUCGUGAGUUUAUGCGGGGAUAUAACAAGGUUGAGAGUUGGGCCGUUAAAGGAUUGAUUAUUCCCGGGGAGUUGGAGGAUGAACUUGAGGUUCCUCGAAUUAAGUGA